AUGGCUAAUGAUGCAGCAGCUUGUGCUGAGAGGGCCACAAGUGAUAUGCUGAAUGCUCCAGAUUGGGAAAUAAACAUCCAGCUAUGCGAUAUAAUCAACAUGAAUCCUGGGCAAGCAAAGGAUGCCCUGAAGAUACUCAAGAAGCGUCUUGGGAGUAAAAAUCCUAAAAUACAGCUCCUUGCUCUCUUUGUGUUGGAGACUCUUAGCAAAAAUUGUGGGGAGAAUGUGUUUCAGCAGUUUGUCGAGCGGGACAUCCUACAUGAAAUGGUCAAAAUUGUGAAGAAGAAGCCAGAUUUGAAUAUAAGGGAGAAGAUUUUAAUUUUGAUAGAUACAUGGCAAGAAGCCUUGGGAGGACCCAGGGCAAGGUAUCCGCAGUACUAUGCUGCAUAUAAUGAGCUGAAGUUUGCUGAAUUCUGGGCUACCUGA